CCAUGCCGGCCUGCUGCAGCUGGAGUGAGGUUUUCCAGUAUGAGACAAACAAAGUCACCCGGAUCCAGAGCGUGAAUUAUGGCACUAUUAAGUGGAUCUUGCAUGUGAUCAUCUUUUCCUACGUGUGUUUYGCUUUGGUGAGUGACAAGCUGUACCAGCGGAAAGAGCCUGUCAUCAGUUCUGUGCACACCAAGGUGAAAGGGAUAGCAGAGGUGACGGCAGAAGUCAUGGAGAACGGGGUGAAGCGCUCGGUGCAGAGCGUUUUUGACACUGCGGAUUACACCUUCCCUUUGCAGGGGAACUCCUUCUUUGUGAUGACGAACUUUCUUAAGACAGAAGGCCAAGAGCAGCGGCUGUGCCCUGAGAAUCCCACUCGCAGGACACUCUGUUCCUCUGACCGGGGUUGUAAAAAGGGCUGGAUGGACCCACAAAGCAAAGGGAUCCAGACUGGCAGGUGUAUAGUGUACAAAGAGAACCAGAAGACCUGUGAAGUCGCUGCCUGGUGUCCCACCGAGGCGGUGGAGGAGAAGCCCCCCCGGCCUGCACUUCUGAGCAGCGCUGAAAACUUCACUGUGCUCAUCAAGAACAAUAUUGACUUCCCUGGCCACAACUAUACCACGAGAAACAUCUUGCCAGGGUUGAACAUCAGUUGUACCUUUCACAAGACUCAAAAUCCACAAUGUCCCAUUUUCCGGCUAGGAGACAUCUUCCAGGAAACCGGAGAUAAUUUUUCGGAGGUGGCAAUCCAGGGAGGGAUCAUGGGCAUUGAGAUCUACUGGGACUGCAACCUGGACAGCUGGUCCCAUCGCUGCCGGCCCAAAUACAGUUUCCGUCGCCUUGAUGACAAGACCACCAAUGAGUCCCUGUACCCUGGCUACAACUUCAGAUACGCCAAGUACUAUAAGGAAAACAAUGUUGAGAAACGAACUUUGAUAAAAGUCUUUGGGAUCCGUUUUGACAUCCUGGUUUUUGGCACUGGAGGAAAAUUUGACAUUAUCCAGCUGGUCGUGUACAUUGGAUCCACCCUCUCCUACUUUGGUUUGGCCACUGUGUUCAUUGACUUUCUCAUCAACACUUACUCGAGCACCUUCUGCCGGUCCCGUGUGUACCCCUGUUGCAAGUGCUGCGAACCCUGCGCGGUCAACGAGUACUACUACAGGAAGAAGUGUGAGUCCAUCGUGGAGCCAAAGCCGACAUUAAAGUAUGUGUCCUUUGUGGAUGAACCCCACAUUCGGAUGAUAGACAAGCAGCUACUUGGGAAAAGUCUACAACAUGUCAAGGGCCAAGAAGUCCCAAGACCCCCAAUGGACUUCGCAGACCUGACCAAGCUGCCCCUGUCUCUGCACGACCCACCCCCCAUUCCUGGACAACCAGAGGAGAUGCAGCCACUUCGUGAGGAGGCGACUCCUAAAUCCAGGGACAGGCCGAGCUGGUGCCAGUGCGGAAGCUGCCUCCCGUCUCAGCUCCCUGAGAGUCGCAGGUGCCUAGAGGAGCUGUGCUGCCGCAGGAAGCCGGGGGCCUGCAUCACCACCUCUCAGCUGUUCAGGAAACUGGUGCUGUCCAGACACGCUCUGCAACUCCUCCUGCUCUACCAGGAGCCCCUGCUGGCCCUGGAGGCGGAGGCCACCAAUGAUCGAUUGCGGCACUGUGCCUACAGGUGCUACACCACCUGGCGCUUUGGCUCCCAGGAUGUGGCCGACUUCGCCAUCCUGCCUAGCUGCUGCCGCUGGCGGAUCCGAAAAGAAUUCCCCAAGAGUGAAGGGCCGUAUAGUGGCUUCAGGAGUCCUUACUGA